AUGUGGCCCUUGGCCGCAGCAAUCGCCUCCCUGACCGUGGCCGUGUCAGGCGGCAUCUCUCAGGAGUACCCCAAGAUUCUGAAUGGCACCAAUGUAACCAAUGGAUUUCUCCCAGGUGGCUACACCUGCCUCCCCCACUCUCAGCCCUGGCAGGCGGCCCUACUAGUGAAAGGGAAGCUGCUCUGUGGGGGAGUCCUAGUCCAUCCCAAAUGGGUCCUCACUGCGGCACACUGUCUGAAGGAUGGGUACGAAGUUUACCUGGGCAAGCAUGCCCUGGGGCGUGUGGAGGCAGGUGAGCAGGUAAGGGAGGUAGUCCACUCUAUCUCCCACCCUGAAUACCAGAUCAGCCCCACCCACCUGCACCAUGACCAUGACAUCAUGCUGCUGGAGCUACAGUCCCCGGUCCAGCUCACAAGCCACAUCCGCGUCCUGCCCCUUUCCCACGUCUGCCUACCUUCUGGAACCUGCUGUCGAGUGUCUGGCUGGGGCACUACCACUAGCCCUCAGGUGAGUUACCCAAAAAUCUUACAAUGUGCCAACAUCCAACUACACUCAGAUGAAGAGUGUCGUCAAGUCUACCCUGGGAGAAUCACUCCCAACAUGCUGUGUGCUGGCACAAAAGAAGGUGGCAAGGAUUCCUGUGAGGGUGACUCUGGAGGCCCCCUAGUCUGUAACGGAACACUCCAUGGCAUCAUCUCUUGGGGAGACUUCCCUUGUGGGCAGCCCAACCGACCUGGUGUCUACACUCGUGUCUCUCAAUACGUUCCAUGGAUCUGGGAAACAAUCCGAAAACACAAAACCCAGGAGCAGAAAUGGACAAAGGGCCUGGCCGAGUGUCUCCCUAAUGCACAGCCUUGGCAGGUGGAGUUGUUUGAGGGCACCACCCUGCGCUGUGGGGAUGUCCUCAUUGACCGCAGGUAUUGGGUGCGCCUGGGGGAGCACAGCCUCAGCCAGUUGGACUGGAUGGAGCAGAUUCGGCGCAGCGGCUUCUCCGUGACCUACCCCAGCUACCAGGGAGCCGUGCAGAACCAUGACCACAACCUUCGACUUCUGCAGCUGGGCAUGCCUGUCCGCUUGACCCGUGGUGUCCAGACCCUGCCCCUGCCCAGCACCUGCCUAUUCCCAGACCGGCUCCAGUGCCUCAACCCCUCCAUUGUCUCAGAUGCUGCCUGCCGUGCAGUGUUCCCUGGGAGAAUCACGGACAACAUGGUGUGUGUAGGUGGCUUGCCCGGGGAGGACGCCUGCCAGCCUGCCUCCGCCACCACCGUCGCCGGGCCCCCAGAGCCCCAGCCCCAGAGUCAAGAACCUGGGGCCUGCCCUUCCCCGCUCUGGGCCGUGAUGAUUCUGCGAUUAAUCAUGCUUGCUCUGGUGACAGGGCAUGUAGGGGGAGAGACCAGGAUCAUCAAGGGGUACGAAUGCACUCCUCAUUCCCAGCCCUGGCAGGUGGCACUGUUCCAGAAGACACGGCUGCUUUGUAGGGCAACCCUCAUCGCUCCCAAAUGGCUCCUGACAGCAGCCCACUGCCGCAAGCCCCACUGCGUAGUACACCUGGGGGAGCACAACCUCCAGCAACAGGAUGGCUGUGAGCAGACUCGAACAGCCACUGAGUCCUUCCUCCACCCAGAGUUCAACAACAGCCUCCCCAACAAAGACCACCGCAAUGACAUCAUGUUGGUGAAAAUAGCGGCACCAGCUUUCAUCACCCGGGCCGUGCGACCCAUCACCCUGUCAUCACACUGUGUCACUGCUGGCACUCGCUGCCUCAUUUCUGGCUGGGGCACCACUUCCAGCCCCCAGUUGCACCUGCCCCACAGCUUGCAAUGUGCCAACGUCACCAUCACUGAGCACAAGGAGUGUGAGGAUGCCUAUCCCGGCAGUAUCACAGACACCAUGGUGUGUGCCAGCGUUCAAGAAGCGGGCAAGGAUUCCUGCCAGGGUGACUCUGGGGGACCUCUGGUCUGUAACAGCUCUCUGCAAGGCAUUAUCUCCUGGGGCCAGGAUCCAUGUGCCAUCACCAAAAAGCCCGGUGUCUACACAAAGGUCUGCAAAUAUGUGGACUGGUUCCAGAAGGCCAUGAGAAGCAAUUAA